AUGAAAAGAAAGGUUAGGGAAUAUGAUGAAAAUGAAUUCUCUAAAGCUGAUUUGAAGAUCAUUCUACUAGGCGAUUCAGCAGUUGGAAAAUCAAAAUUGGUUGAGAGAUUUCUUUUGGAUGACUAUGAGGAAAGACAACAAUCUACAUAUGCAUUGACAAUGUAUCGACAUAAUGCAAAGUUCGAAGGGAAAACUUAUAAGAUAGAUUUGUGGGAUACAGCUGGAUAAGAAUGUUUCUAAACUCUGCAUGCUUCAUAUUAUUAUGGCGCCCAUGCUUGUAUUCUAUGUUUUGAUGUCACAAGGAAAAUUACUUAUACAAACUUAAAGAAAUGGUACGAGGAGAUGAGAUAGAAUUGCCCUACAAUUCCUUGCUUAUUGGUUGCCAAUAAAAUAGAUUUGGAUCCUAGCGUCACUGAGACCAAAUUUAAGUUUGCGGAAAGUAACAAUCUGCCCAUAUAUUACACAUCCUCGGCAGAUGGAACUAAUGUAGUUAAAGUAUUCUAGGAGGCUUUGAAAGCAGCAAUUGAACAUAAACAAAAGCCUGGUGGUUAGUUCAUGGAUGAUUUGAUGGAUUAUUUGUAGGGUUGA